CUCAUGGAUCGUGACGACUCCCACGCAGACGACUCCAAUCCUCCGGACCACGGCGCACACAGCCCCGAAACGCUCACCGCCGUUGAGCGAUUUCUUGCUGAACUGUUCCAGAGCCGCCUUCUCAUAGACAACUCGGCUGCCGACGAAGCUUCACCGAUUUCGCCGCGACCGCUACAAUCGAAUAUUAAUAAUCUCGUACCUUUCUUCAGCGCCUCGAGUACUUUCCCAGUGCCGCAGAACCCACAGAAUACUACACAAACAUCACACGAUACAACGCCGCACGCCUCGACACGCCAAAUGCAAAGCGCGCAGGAUGUCGUCUUCUGCGUCGAGGAUACCGUGGGGCUCAAGGACGACAAAUACAGCGUGGGCAUAAUAGAGCGUUCUUUCGGCGACGUCGACUCACACGAGCCCCGGCCACAGCGCGACUAUCCCGACGACAUCGAGCGCCAUGCCGACAUUCCCCUCCAAGAUUUCACGAAGUUCAUGAAAGACGGCAUCCCACCGCGGGGUACAGUGCUAGUAUCAUGGCAGACACAGUACAAGACGGAAUUGAUACCAGAGGCAAACCUGCAAUUGCUGGAUCGUGCGCUGUACGUGGGUGACGUGGUAAAGAGAAAGGCGGAAGAUCAUAUGAGCGGUACUGUCAUUGGCACACAGGCAGUCUGCACCCUGUUCCCGGCCUCGCUGUUCAACGGCGGCCAAAUCACACAAGCAACCACCGACGACUUGUCGAUACGGAACGUACCAGCUGACGAGCUUAUCAACGUGCACGAGUUCGUCGAGGGCGCUUUGGUCGUCUACGGUGACUGGGUGGGGCGGGUAGAGAACGUAUACGACGAGGUUGCCAUCAGGCUGGCCAACAACUCGGUCGUAGUGGUCGAGGAUCCGACUGAGUUGGAAAUGGACGACACUACACUUGACCGAUUCAGCGUGGGCGACACGGUCAAGACCAAAAAAGGCAACUUGCGGCGGGGACGCUGGAGAUUCGGCGCCUAUGAUCCCAGUGUACCACCUGUGGGUAUGGUUGUCGAGACACGACCAUCAGAUAUCGACGUACAAUGGCUAUCAAGAAGCAUCGGCGCCCGCAACGUCGCUUUCAACGCCGACGAGCCACCGGCAACGCUUGGCCGAGACGAAUUUGAGAGCCCCACCUUCUACAGAUACGACGCCUCCGGAGGCACCGCCACCACACUCCCCGUUUCCGAAAACGGAGUCGACAAAUCAUACCAUGUUACUGACGUGGCUGUGGGUGACCGGGUGCGGUUCAAGGACAUUGCCGGCGCUGCUGUCAAGUACGAUGGCACCAACACAUUGCUCAACGGAUAUCCACAAGGGAAGGUGACACGCAUUGCGCGAACCGAAAGUCUAGGCUAUGACCUCAACGUCUUUUUGGUCAUGCAGACUCAUAGUCAAGUCACCGUGCAAUGGCAAGACUUGUCCAUAACACACGAUUUGAGCUCUUCAUUACUACCGGAUCCUAACGUAGAAGACGACGAUGAGGUCUGGCCUGGUGAAGUUGUCUUCUCGAAAGAGGGACGCGAUGGUGAUAAUACCGAGAAAUCAGAGACAAAGAAGCUUUCGAAAGUAGGUGUCGUUCAGACCGUUCAGGGUCGGGACCGAAUAGCCACUGUACGAUGGUUCAAGAAUCCUUCCAUUGAGUUCUUUGGCCCAGACCUACUUCCCCCCUCCAAGACAGGAGAACUGAGCGAUAUUGUUGAGGACGUCAGUUUGUAUGACAUCUACUCUUUCCCAGCCCUUACACGAAGGCGUGGCGACUUCGUACUAGUACAUCCCGAUUCAAUCGAAGGCGUACAAACACCGCUCAACGUUAUAGGCCCCGAUUGGUUUGGAGAAGUCAUAGACUUGGGCCUAGACGGAAAGCUCACCGUUCGUCUUGGCGCUGCGAAACCUGUUGUAGACGUCAAAGUUCCUUACGAGAGUGUUACACUCGCCUACAGCAGCGACAUGGCUGAUGACUUCGGUAACAUGGAUCCGCUUGAGGGUGAAUACAUCGACGACUCUGACGAAGAGGAUGAUUCCGAUUUUGAUUCCGCGUCGUUCAAUGAAAUGUGGAUUGAGUACGAGGGCAUGGCUGGAGAGCACCCUGUGGGAGACGAAGGAGACUGGUCCACAGAGGAGGAGGACGAUGAUGAAGACGAUGACGGUGAUGGCGAUACUGAUGCAUCGAUGCCCGAUCUGGUGGACAUCACAAAAGAAGACGUGGAUACAUCAAAGACCACUCCUGAAGACAAGUCACCGGAAAUCAAAGAAGAGCACUCGAUUGCCCAGCCCACCGAAGAAGACGAUAUAGCGCCAACAGAACAAGAAAACACGGAAACGCCUGCAGAUGGACCAGCAUCCUUUCUUAUCCUCGAAGACGCCCCACCAUCUUCUCAUCAUUACCUCUCCCAAUCGUCAGCUUCGUCAUCAGCUUUUAUGCGCAGGAUAGCAAAGGAGCACAAGAUCCUCCGAGGAUCCCUUCCGCCAGGAAUCUUUGUCCGCACCUGGGAGUCUCGGCUUGAUCUUCUUCGCGUCCUUAUGAUCGGUCCCAACGAUACCCCUUACGAAUAUGCCCCCUUUGUAAUUGACUUCCACCUCGGCUCGUCAUACCCACAACAAGCACCGGAGGCCUUUUUCCACAGCUGGACCAAUGGCAAUGGACCCGUCAACCCGAAUUUGUAUGAGGAUGGCAAGAUCUGCCUAAGUCUACUGGGCACGUGGCACACCGACGAGCGUAACGAGAGCUGGAGUCCUGCAAAGAGUACGCUGCUGCAAGUUCUGGUCUCAAUCAUGGGUCUCGUACUAGUCAAGGAACCAUACUACAAUGAAGCUGGCUAUGACGUCCAUCGCUCAGCACCAGAGACAAAGCUGAGCUCCGCUCUUUACACCGAACGAGCAUACUUCCGCGCCCGCGCCUUCAUACAUCAUGCACUCACACACGAGGUCGCGCCGUUUAAAGACGAGCUACACUACCUAUAUCGAAGUCAAGAAGACAGCGCACCAAGACUUCUCGACAAAGCCAUCGAAGCCGCCAAAGACAUCGUUGAUAGAAGCGCCGAUGGCAGCGAAGAAGGGGAGCGCGAUGGGUUGAGAAAAAUAAGUCUAGGUGCUCUUGUCAUGCUGAAGAGACAGGUCGAGAAGCUAGAGGCUUUGAAGCAGUCAGGCGCAUGACCGGGUAGUAGAGAAGGUCUUGCGUCGGGCUCCAAAGGAUACGGCUAAUGCUGCUAUGACUUGAUGUUCUUAUAUUUUCGCCUUUAAAAGUGGUUUACACCUUACCAUUGUAGCGAAAUAACGAAGCAAGAGAAAUUAAACAACAUACUUUAAAGUGCCCGUCAACUGGCCUCAAAUGUCACCAUAAAAGUGCUUAGCACACUUCAAGGGUUUUCGAUAUCGUACGCACUGCUACAGGAAACCUUGAGGCAUAUCAGGCUAUCCUGUCUAUUGACAAGAACAAGUCAUAUAAUAUUUCCAAUCCAGCAUACAUCUAACGGAACCGAAUAUCAUACGAUUCAAGCUU